UAAUAAUAUAUGAAGACAAUAAAGCUUGCUUCAAAAAUACUAAGUAAAUGAUUAGUGAGUAAGUUAAGUAAGAGAAAUAGAACGGAACAGAGAGGAAUAAAGAUUAAAAGCUAAUAAGAGAAUCAAAGUCUUGUAGUGUACGAUGUUGGAGACGGGUACAGGAAGCUUACGGCGGGAAAAAGAAGAAAGCAAAGAAAAUUCAGAAAAGCAAUCUCUCUCUUCUCUCUUUUGUACAGUUCCUAACGCCAUUUUAAUAUCACCCCCACCCCUCCAAAAAAGAGAAAAGGGAGGUAAAGAAAGAAAUCAGGGAAAAUCUCUGUUUCUCUCAUCUGCUUUCUCAGCUUCUGAGAGAAAGAGAGAGCUCUUCUUUGCAGAAACGUUUCUGUUUUUGGAUCUUAAACUUUUGGGGGCAACCCAUUUUUUCAGUGAACUGGAAUCUACUAGUUUUCUACUUUCUUGGAACAUUGAGUUGGUAAUGUGAUGAAGAGUGGAGGGUGUUGGUAGGUGUACAAGUGAAAUGGAGAGUGGUGUAGGAGGCAACAGCAAUGAGAGACAUGGAGUGUUUAAGGAUGACUCCUGGUUUAGCCAGUUCAGGAAUGGCUCCAAUCCUUGGAUGGCUAGAUAUGUCUAUGCAUUGAUCUUUCUAAUUUCAAAUUUGCUGGCUUGGGCUGUCCGAGAUUAUGGCCGGAACACCUUCCCAGAAAUGGAAAAACUGAAGAAUUGCCAAGGUGGCCGUGGUUGUUUGGGUGCAGAAGGAGUCCUGCGUGUGAGCUUGGGAUGCUUUGCAUUCUAUUUUGUAAUGUUUCUGUCAACUGCUGGUACCAAAAGGAAGUACAAUUGCAGAGACUCAUGGCAUUCUGGAUGGUGGUCUGCAAAGAUUGGCCUUUGGAUUGCCUUGACAGUUACCUCAUUUUUGGUUCCUACUUUCAUCAUACAGAUAUAUGGGGAGAUUGCGCAUUUUGGUGCCGGGAUCUUUCUCCUAGUUCAACUAGUAAGCGUAAUCAGUUUCAUUACAUGGCUGAACGAUUGCUGUCAGUCUGAUAAAAAUGCAGAAAGAUGCCACAUCCAUGUGAUGUUACUUGCAACUGCUGCAUAUGUUAUAUGCAUAGUGGGGAUCAUCAUGAUGUACAUCUGGUAUGCACCCAAACCAUCCUGUCUCCUCAACAUUUUCUUCAUCACAUGGACACUCGUGCUCCUGCAGCUCAUGACCAGUGUUUCCCUCCACCCCAAAGUGAAUUCUGGCUUCUUGUCUCCUGGGCUCAUGGGACUUUAUGUGGUAUUCAUCUGUUGGUGUGCCAUUCGAAGUGAACCAGCAGGGGAAAGUUGCAACAGGAAGGCAGAAGCUUCCAACAAAACAGACUGGCUGACUAUCAUAAGCUUUGUUGUUGCGCUACUGGCUAUGGUAAUUGCCACAUUUUCUACCGGUAUUGAUUCUCAAUGCUUUCAGCUGCAGAUCAGGAAAAAGGAAGCACCUGCUGAAGAUGCAGUACCAUAUGGUUACGGUUUCUUCCACUUCGUUUUUGCCACUGGAGCAAUGUACUUCGCAAUGCUAUUGAUUGGCUGGAAUACACAUCAUACUAUUAAAAAAUGGACAAUCGACGUUGGUUGGACCAGUACUUGGGUCAGGAUCGUGAAUGAAUGGCUAGCCGUCUGCGUUUACUUGUGGAUGCUGGUGGCUCCUGUUAUAUUGAGGUGCGGACGAACAAGUGAACCUGCAUGAAAAGCUUUUGGAAAGGGUGUUGAAAUUCAUUUUGCAGUUGCUCCAAGCCAUUUGCUGUCACAUAAAUGUCAUCAGUCUACUUUGCAGAUAGGACUUGAAGCAUAGUAGCAUUGCUUAUAAUUGGCUAGAGCUGGAGCAACACCAAACAUCCAAAUUCUUUUGCCUAGCUGAAGGAAAAUUGAUGCUCAACCCUCCUCUGCCUCAGCUAAAAGGGGAAAUAGGAAAAUUACACAGUAUGUUGAAAUUUGUCAAGAAGAAUGCCAAUUAUUAUUUGUAAAUACACAAUUGAAGGAAGAUAUAAACUAUCUUUCAGAAAAGAAAAAGUUUCAAACCCUUGGAAAUUUACAUUUUUGGUGGCCUACUCUCCCUACAAAAAUAAAUGGUUCUAUAGGGAAUUUAAUUGCCACCUUCGCCCAAUUUUAGCCAUGGGCUUUCUGGGACAGUCCAAGGUUGCAAAAUUCUAAAUGCAAAAAUUCAAGUGCAAAAUUGUAAUUUCAUCUGA